AUGGUGAGACAGAGAGAGGGGCAAAGAGAGCAAAGAGGCAAAAGAGAGAGAGAAGGGCAAAGAGGGGCGAGUGAGAAAGGAAAGAGAGAGAGGAGAGAAAUGAACGAGGCAUUAAUAACAGGUAUAUGUAGACAAGUACAAAAUCCUCAGUUUUGCUUAACCACUUUUAGACAAAUUUUGCAUACCCAUCCAUAUGUUCUUGAAGAAGUAACGCGAGCUGCUAUCGCCCAAUCAUUACAAAAUGCUAAUGACAAUCAUGCUUUCAUAGAGAAAGCUAAAGCAAACGCAAAAGAUAAAGAGACCCAAGACUUGUACGGUAUUUGUGAUAGCGGUUAUGGAUUAUUGAUAACCGUUCUCCAAGAUGCUACCCAAGCAUUAGCUAACAAGGAUUUUAAUGGCUUGGAAAAUGACCUUUCAAAGUGUCCCAAAUUUGUGAGUGAUUGUCAGAAUGCACUUGGUAGCAAGACAACGCCUGAAAUGUUAGAUAGGAGUAGAAAACAAUUCGAUCUUGUAUUAAUGUCAAAAAUUGCUGAAGGCCUCAUUAAGAAAUAG